AAAUAAACGGCGAGAUUAAAAGCUACAUGAAACCACACAUUUCUUUAACUGCAUACAAUCCACAUCCCUUUCAUCACCAGCCACAAGUUAAUCAAUAAGCAAGCAUAAGCUGCAACAACAAGAACAUACUAGUGCGCAACACUACCUAUCCGAUUUUAAAAACUCGCUUAUGGCAUAAAAUAAGCAUAAUCACUUAACAGAAUUCAGUUACAAGAAACAAAAAGAUGAAGACAUGCACAUGCCUUAACAGUUCAAUUCAAUUUCAACGACGCUAUCUUCAUCAUUAUCUAAACCUUACUUCAUUUCCUAUUCGCUAUUUAUCUUCAUUACCUUUCUCUCUUAAAGCUAUACCGCGUAACAUUGAAGCUGAACUUUCUUCUUCAAACGACGCCGUUUUACCUCUAAACCAAAACACUCCGAUUCAGUUUCAACCACCGCUACAAAACGAAGAAGCUCCACCUCCGACUCCGUUUGUUCUCUCCGAUGAAGAUAAAGUAGUUACUACUAAGCUUAAAAAGAAGAAAGAACAAAACGAUGAUAAUAGUAGUAGCAACAUCGAUAACCGUUUCAAGCUCCGUAAUGGAAAAGAGGUUUUUGAAGAGAAAGCUUAUCUAGUUGGUGUUGAGCGAAAAGGUGAAGCUAGUGAUUCUUUUGGUAUAGAAGAUUCUUUGAGUGAAUUGGAACAGUUAGCUGAUACUGCUGGAUUAUUGGUUGUUGCUUCUACUUAUCAGAAGCUUGCUUCUCCAAACCCUAGGACGUACAUUGGCUCCGGCAAAGUUUCUGAAAUUAAGAGUGCAAUUAAUGCAUUGGACGUUGAAACUGUGAUAUUUGAUGAUGAACUAUCAGCUGGGCAACUGCGCAACCUGGAAAAAGUUUUUGGUGGAAAUGUGAGAGUUUGUGAUCGAACUGCUCUCAUCCUUGAUAUAUUUAAUCAGCGAGCAGCAACACAUGAAGCAUCUUUACAGGUUGCAUUAGCACAAAUGGAAUACCAACUACCUCGUCUAACAAAAAUGUGGACUCAUCUUGAGCGUCAAUCAGGAGGAGGACAGGUGAAGGGAAUGGGUGAAAAACAAAAAGAAGUGGACAAGCGUAUUUUGCGCGACCAAAUUGCUGUUCUUAAAAAAGAGCUAGAAACUGUUAGGAAACAUCGAAAGCAGUACCGUAAUAGGCGUGUCUCAGUACCCGUGCCAGUGGUAUCCUUGGUGGGUUACACAAAUGCUGGUAAGAGUACGCUUUUGAAUCAAUUAACUGGAGCAGAUGUUCUUGCCGAGGAUAAAUUGUUUGCAACUUUAGAUCCAACUACAAGGAGGGUACAGAUGAAGAAUGGAAAGGAGUUUCUCCUAACAGACACCGUUGGUUUUAUUCAGAAGUUGCCUACUACACUAGUUGCUGCCUUCAGAGCCACACUGGAGGAGAUAUCAGAGUCAUCACUUUUGGUUCAUGUGAUUGAUAUCAGUCACCCCUUGGCUGAGCAACAGAUAAAUGCCGUUGACAAAGUCCUGUCAGAACUAGAUGUGUCAUCAAUUCCAAGAUUGAUUGUCUGGAACAAGAUUGAUAAGGCUAGUGAUCCCCAGAAAAUCAGGCUAGAAGCUGAAAAAAGAGAUGAUGUUGUUUGCAUAUCUGCUUUAAGUGGUGAUGGCGUACAAGAAUUCUGUAAUGCAGUUCAAGACAAACUAAAGGACACCAUGGUAUGGGUGGAAGCUUUGUUACCAUUCGAAAAUGGGGAUCUUCUCAGCACCAUUCACAAGGUUGGAAUGGUUGAGAAAACUGAAUAUACGGAGCAAGGGACAUAUAUCAAGGCUCAUGUACCCCUACGUUUUGCAAGAUUGCUUACACCUAUGAGGCAACUGUGUGUACCACGAUCUUAACUUUCUUAAAUAUGUAUAUAUCUUUUUAAUAUUACCUUUCAUACAUAUCUGUCAUUCGGUGGUGUAGAAAAUGAUUAAUACGGUUUAGCAUCAAUUAUGAUUGAUGCCAUGGUCAAGAGAAACAAUUAUAAUGGCUUGCAGCAUAACAGGUCUCGAGUAAAGCUGUACAUAUUUGUAUGUAAUUAGUGAUGUCAGAUUAGCAAGCCCUUGAAAAUGGGGACCCUGUUGAAAUCCUUGAAAGAUAGCAAUGCAAAGUGUGUUUGCACUUUACAA